AUGAUUGUGGACCUGUUCUAUGAGAUGAAAACCAUCUCUUUUCAAGGCUGCAUGAUACAACUGUUUUCUGAACACUUCUUUGGUGGAGCAGAGGUGAUUGUCCUCACAGCCAUGGCCUAUGACCGUUACGUGGCCAUUUGCAAGCCCUUGCACUAUUCCUCCAUCAUGAACAGGAGGCUCUGCUAUGUUCUGGUGGGCGUAGCCUGGACCGGGGGCUUCCUGCACUCCAUCAACCAAAUUCUCUUCACUUUCCAGCUCCCCUUUUGUGGCCCCAAUGUCAUUGACCAUUUCCUGUGUGACUUAUUCCCAUUACUGAAGCUUGCCUGCACUGACACACACAUCUUUGGCCUUCUGGUGGUUGCCAACAGCGGGUCUAUCUGCAUUAUAAUCUUCUCCCUGUUGCUUGUGUCCUAUGGUGUCAUCUUGUUCUCCCUGAGGAAGCACAGUUCUGAAGGGAGGGGGAAGGCUCUGUCCACCUGUGGGUCCCACCUUGCUGUUGUGGUUUUAUUUUUUGUGCCCUGCAUAUUUACAUACGCACGAUCUCCCUCUGCCUUCUCCUUUGACAAAAUGGUGGCACUGUUUUACUGCACCCUGUCUCCCCUGCUCAACCCUUUGAUUUAUACUCUUAGGAAUAAGGAAGUGAAAAAUGCCAUGAAGAAACUUUGGAAAAGAGUGGUGUUGGUGUCUGAUGAAAAGCAACAAUAA